UUGACUUUCUUGUUUUCUUAAUAGAGAUGUUGAAAAUUAUGCAUUCUCCUCCUCCCCAGUUGAUUGCUGCUUUGAAAAUUCUCUGAAGAAGAAGAUUGAGAACGGUUUGAACACUAAUCCAUUUUCCAACCACCGAAGGAGGAAUUAUGCAUCCUCCUUGAUCCUCCUCAUCCAUUUUCUGACGUCCAGGUUUCAUUUUCUCCAUAUAUCUGAUCGACCUUAAUCGAGAGUAUUCGAACUAGUUAAGGUUUGAUAGCUGGAAAAUGGAAAGAUCUUCAACGAUGCAAUCUAUACAUGAGAAUUUCAAGAAUGUUAGAGGACAGUUAAAGAAGGUUUACAGAACUAUAAAAACUCUUGAAAACUGGAGGAAGGCAAUCCUAUUAGUCUGCGUUGUCGCAUUGGGUGUUGAUCCUUUGUUUCUCUUCAUCCCCGUGAUUGAUUCUCCUAACUUCUGCUUCACCUUCGACAAGAAGCUUGCAGCAGCAGUUUCUGUCAUUCGCACCUUUAUCGACACGUUCUAUGUGAUUCACAUCAUUUUUAAUUUCAUCACCGAGUUCAUAGCCCCUCGUUCUCAAGUGUCUUUACGAGGCGAGUUAAUCGUGCAUUCUAAGGCUAUUAGGAAAAGACUAUUCUUCUUUCACUUCAUUGUUGAUAUUUGUUCUGUUAUCCCCAUCCCUCAGGUUGUGGUUCUCAUUCUUAUUCACCGGUCUGACUCGCUUGUGUCACAAGAAAUACUGAAAUGGAUUAUACUUACUCAAUAUAUACCAAGAAUCAUCCGUAUCUACCCGCUUUUAAAAGAGGUGACAAGAGCCUCUGGAACAAUAGCAGAAACAAAGUGGGUUGGUGCUGCUUUCAACCUUUUCCUCUACAUGUUGCACAGUCAUGUGUUUGGGGCUUUCUGGUACGUGAGUUCAGUAGAAAAGAAAAACAAAUGUUGGCGUCUAGAGUGUGCUAAGAUAUCCGGAUGCAAUCUCACUCGUCAGUAUUGUGCACGAGGUCGUGAAAACAACGGUCCUUAUCUGAACACUACAUGCCCAUUAAUCGAACCAGACCAAAUCAUAGGGUCUACAGUCUUCAACUUUGGUAUGUACACUGAUGCAUUGAGGUCAGGGAUCGUAGAGUCAAAGCCAAGGGAUUUUCCGAGGAAGUUCUUUUACUGCUUUUGGUGGGGUCUUCGAAAUAUUAGUGCUUUAGGACAAAACCUACAGACAAGCAACUCUGUAGGGGAUAUCGUUUUUGCUAUUAUAAUCUGCGUCUCUGGUUUACUGUUGUUUGCUGUACUCAUUGGAAACAUUCAGAAGUAUUUACAAUCAACUACAAUAAGAUUAGAUGAAAUGGAGGAGAAGAAGAGAGACACUGAAAAAUGGAUGUCAAAUCGGAUGCUACCAGAGUACUUGAAGGAACGCAUUAGGAGAUAUGAGAACUACAAAUGGCGAAAAACUAGAGGCAUUGAAGAGGAAGCUCUUCUUCAUAGCCUUCCUAAAGACCUCAGGCUCGAAACCAAACGCCAUCUUUACCUUACUCUCUUAAACAGUGUUCCGUGGCUCAACAUGAUGGACGAUAGUUGGUUGCUAGAAGUACUGUGCGACCGCGUGAAGUCAGUGUUCUACUCAGCUAAUAGCUACAUAGUGAAAGAGGGUGACCCUGUUGCGGAGAUGCUGAUUAUAACGAAAGGCAACUUGAAAAGUAUGAUCGGGUCUAGUGAUAUAAGUGGCUACUACGAUGCAUCUUACCUCCAAGCAGGUGACAUAUGUGGAGAUCUUCUCUUUUGGGUUCUUGAUCCACAUUCUUCUUCUACCCUCCCCACAUCAGACAGAACAGUAUUGACUCUGACGGAUGUUGAAGGCUUCAUUCUCUUGCAUGAUGAUCUUAAGUUUGUAGCUUCUCAUUUCAAUCGCUUUCACAGCAGUAGACUCAGACACAUGUUCAGGUUUUAUUCAGCGCAUUGGCGAUUAUGGGCGGCAUGCUUCAUACAGGCAGCAUGGAGGGAACAUUACAAAAGGAAGCGUUCUAGGAUUUUACAUGCAAAAAGUGACUAUAAUCAUAUCCCACAAGGCACACAUCUCAAUCUUGGAGCAGCUCUCUAUGUGUCGAGAUUUGUAACCAAAGCACUGCGAAAUCGACAGAAAAAUGCAGCAAAUUGUUCCAUAUCUCCACAUAGGUUACCCCCAAUACCUCAUAAACCAGCUGAUCCCGAGUUUUCAAAGAAUUAAUCAAAAUGUAUACUUCAAAGCAAAUGAUAAUAGAGUAGUGUAUGAUAGGGCAUGAGUGAGCGAGCUUACACACAUUAGUUAUGUGGUCGUCUGAUUUUUUGGUAAGGAAAACUUGUGGACAGGCAAUGGAAAUGUGAACAUAUGUUUUCGGUAUUAAUUAGUUACUAGAUUUUGAUCCGCGCUUUCGAAGCGCGGGUUAUUAUUUUUCACUUUUAUAAAAUAUAUUAU